AUGCUGAUAACAACGGCUGUGUUUGGUAGUCGUUGUGCCAUACGGAUAACUGCUGUCAAACCAACGACAGAAUUUUUAAGAUUAGCUAGCUCGGCCCCAUUAAAUAAUACAAGAUGGAAACCCGACACCGUGUAUCUCUACCAGUUCCCGCGCUCGCCCGUAGUGCCUAACUUAUCUCCUUUCUGCCUCAAGGUGGAGACUUUUUUGCGAGUGAACCACAUCAAGUAUGAAGUCAUAGGGUCUUACCGUCGCUACCGGUCAUCACGUGGGUUAUUACCAUUUGUUGAAUUAAAUGGGCAGAGAAUCGAAGAUUCUCAAGUGAUCAUAUGGGAGCUUCAAAAACAUUUCAAGCUUGAAGACGGCCUAACUGGUAAAGAACGUGGUACCGCUCGAGCCCUCGAACGAAUGGUAGAUGUAAGCACUUUUUAG